AUGUAUAUUAAAACUUUAUAUAUAAUAUAUAUAUAUAUUAAAUAUAAUAAUAUUUCAGAAGGAAGUAAUGAUCCGGGUAAACAAAGAGUAUUCCGUGAAAGGACAGAUGCUUUCAAUGAUAGACAACGACGUGGAGCUAUGCGUCGUAAAAUUCAUGAAGUAACAGGACACAAAUUUAUGGCACUAUUCCUUCGCCAACCAACAUUUUGUGCCCAUUGUAAAGAUUUUAUUUGGGGAAUUGGAAAACAAGAUGUUGUAUGGAAAUGCCCUGGAAAUAAAGGUGAUGCUAUUGAUGAGAUAGCAUCAGAUAUUCAAGAACAAGGAUUGGGUAGAUUUAAUAUAAAUAUUCCACAUAGAUUUGCUGUACAUAGUUAUAAACGGCCAACAUUUUGUGAUCACUGCGGAAGUAUGCUUUAUGGGUUGAUAAAUCAAGGACUUCAAUGUUUAACAUGUAAACUUAAUGUUCAUAAAAGAUGUCAAAAAAAUGUUGCCAAUUGUUGUGGUAUAAAUGCUAAACAAAUGGCUAGUGAACUUGCUCAGUUAGGUUUAACUGGUGAUAAAAUGAGCAUUAAAGUUAAGAAAAAACCUAAUUUUCAACAAUCAACAUCAAGUGAUGGUGAUUCAUAUUCAGUAGCAUACAAUGUUUCAACAGAUGACAUCAAAGAUCCUUUAAUACCAUCAACAAAUAAAACAUUUUUAUCAAAUGUUAAAUGUGUUUCAUGUAUUUCUGGUAAUAUGUCAGCACAAAUACGUCUCCCAAAUCAAGUUUCAGUUGGAGAUUUUAAUUUCAUAAAAGUUCUUGGUAAAGGAUCAUUUGGAAAAGUUAUGUUAGCAGAAUUAAAAGGAACAGAUGAAGUUUAUGCUGUUAAAAUUCUUAAAAAAGAUGUUAUUCUUCAGGAUGAUGAUGUAGAAUGUACUAUGUGUGAGAAACGUAUAUUAGCAUUAGCUGCAAGGCAUCCAUUUUUAACAGCACUUCAUAGUUGUUUUCAAACACCAGACAAAUUAUUUUUUGUCAUGGAAUAUGUCAAUGGUGGUGAUUUAAUGUUUCAAAUUCAAAGAGCUCGGAAAUUUGAUGAAGCUAGAGCUAGAUUUUAUGCUGCAGAAGUGACGUGCGCACUACAAUUUCUUCAUAAACAUGAAGUUAUAUAUCGAGAUUUAAAAUUAGAUAAUAUACUUUUAGAUGCUGAGGGUCAUUGUAGAAUAGCAGAUUUUGGUAUGUGCAAAGAAGGAAUCAAUGCUAAUAAAUUGACAUCAACAUUUUGUGGAACACCUGAUUAUAUUUCACCUGAAAUAUUACAAGAAAUGGAAUAUGGAGUUUCUGUAGAUUGGUGGGCAUUAGGAGUUUUAAUGUAUGAAAUGAUGGCUGGUCAACCACCAUUUGAAGCUGAUAAUGAAGAUGAUUUAUUUGAAGCAAUUUUACAUGAUGAUGUUUUAUAUCCUGUAUGGUUGAGUAAAGAAGCUGUUAGUAUAUUAAAAUCAUUUAUGACAAAGAAUCCUCUAAAAAGACUAGGUUGUGUACAAUCACAAGGAGGUGAAGAUGCAAUAAAAGCUCAUCCCUUCUUCAGAGAGAUUGAUUGGGAAGCAUUAGAAGCAAGAAAAGUCAAACCACCAUUUAAACCAAAGAUUAAAUCAAAACGUGAUGUAAAUAAUUUUGAUGCAGAUUUUACUAAAGAGGAACCUGUACUGACACCAACAGAUGUUGGAAUCUUAAAAUCAAUAAACCAAGAAGAAUUUGCUGGUUUUGAUUUUGUAAAUACCGAUUUUCAUUAUCUGAAACAUGAUUAA